UGUGGGGCGGGGCCGGGAGGGUUGUUGCCGGAAACGAACCCAUAUCUGUGACUCCCGGAUGUGGAAAGCCUAUGGAAGUGCGGCCUUAGCCCCUUCCUUGGUCGCUUUUGUCCGGAGGUUCCAGACGAUAUAGUGAGAUGGCGAGCGCAGCUGCACCUACAGCCGCGGUCCCCACCGUAGUUCCGCCUUUGGAGCAGCUCCGGCGAUUGGCGGUGGAGCUGCGGUUGCUCUUGCCUGGAUUGCGGGUCGGCGAAGCCCGAGAGACCACCAAGGAGUUUAAUCCUGAGACGUUUUGGAGGAAACUCAAUGAGGCAGCUGUGAACGUGGCAAGGGAAGCCACGACUCUGACAGAAGUCUUCUCUCGAGUUCCACUGCCCUCUCCACAGGAAACCAAGAGGUUCUGUGAACAAGUCCAUGCCGCCAUCAAGACAAUCACUGCAGUAUACUAUUCACUUCCCAAGGAUCAGGGAAUCACCCUGAGAAAGCUUGUACGGAACGCCACUCUGGACAUCGUAGAUGGAAUGGCUCAACUUGUGGAUGUGCUUUUCAUUACUCCAGGUCAAAGCCCAGAUAACAGUGACCUUAUUUCCUACAACAGUGUCUGGACUGCAUGCCAGCAGGUGCCUCGGAUACCAAAAGAUAACAAAGCUGCAGCCCUUUCAAUGCUGACGAAGAGUGUGGAUCUUGUGAAGGAUGCACAUGAGGAAAUGGAACAGGCCGUGGAAGAAUGUGACCCAUACUGUGGCCUCUUAAAUGACACUGAGGACAACUCUGACAGCCAAGGUGAUGAAGAGGAUGAUAGGUUGGGGUGUCCAAACAAUCGGGACUUAUACUGGUCAGAGGAGGAUCAAGAGCUCAUAAUCCCAUGUCUUGCACUGGUGAGAGCAUCCAAAGCCUGCCUGAAGAAAAUCCGGAUCUCAGUGGCAGAGAAUGGGAAGAAAGAUCAGGUCGCCCAGCUGGAUGACAUUGUGGAUAUUUCUGAUGAGAUCAGCCCUAGUGUGGAUGAUUUGGCUCUGAGCAUAUAUCCACCCAUGUGCCACUUGACUGUGCGAAUCAAUUCUGCGAAACUUGUAUCUGUCUUAAAGAAGGCACUUGAAAUUACUAAAGCAAGUCAUGUGACCCCACAGCCAGAAGAUAGUUGGAUCCCUUUACUCAUUAAUGCUGUUGAUCAUUGCAUGAACAGAAUCAAGGAACUCACUCAGAAUGAACUUGAAUUGAAGGACUGCAUACUAUGUCUUGCUUCCUCAGCUCUUCAUCUGUUUAGCCCCCAGGAAGCUGGCCUUUGACGUCCCUUCUCAGUAAGACCACUCCCUCAGUGUCUGCUUUUCAGCCUUAACAUCUCAUGGCCACUCUGCUGCCCCUCUGGUUGCUCCUUCCUCUCUUUGACUUCUCUGUUUCCCUUAUUCCCUGCUCUUUCCCUGCCUGCCCCCUACAUGCUGGUGCUGCCUGGGUUCCCCUUUCACCCUCUUCUCUUCUCACAGCUUUUCUUCCACCCCCAGGAACUCAUCAAUGCCCUGACUCUUGGCAGCCCUCUCUGUGCGGGGAUUCCCACCUCUGGUCUCCAAUCCAGGCCUUUAUUUUGAAUACCAGGUUUAGGUGUCUAGCCAUCUACUGGCCAUCUCUGUUUGGAUGUUUCAUGGGCUUUCAAACCCAACAUGCCACAAACAGAACUCAUCAUCCUUCUCCCCAUACGUGCUCUCCCCCAUUUUUCCUGUUCUAGAGAGGAAGCAACCCUCUCACCACCCCCCACACACAUAUUCACAAGUCCAGUCUAUCCUACCUCUUUAAUAUGUCUUCAUUGGAAGUGCUGCUAGUCUAAUUUGUCCUUCAUGCCUUGACCGUUAUAAAACCUUCCAACCUCUGAUCCAGUGGUUGUCAACAUUAGAUGCACAUUAGAAUCAUACAGCGUUAUAAAACAGUCCCAAUGCCAGGCUACACAACAAAAUCAAUUAUAUUAGACUCUGGCAGUGAGGCCCAGGCAGCAGUAUUUUUAAAGUUCCCCAGGUGACUCAACAUAUAGCCAAGGGUGAGAGUCAUUAUUCUAAUGGGACCUCUUCCAUUCCACUCAGACAAAAGUUUUUUUUUUUUCAAAUGGAUUUCUGAUCGCCUAGGCCCCUCUAGUUCACAUUUCCCCCAGCUUCCCACUGCCCAAAGAACAAAACUCAAACUCCUUGGCAUGACAUACAAGUCCCUGCAUGAUCCAGACUCUGCCUCCCUCAAAAAGGUAAAACAGUGAAGAGAUUGGAGGCAGGGGAGCUGGUUAGGAAGCUGUUGAAAUAAUGUAGACAAGCUCCAGUCCACUGAUUCUCUCUUAUCUGCACAUUGGAAUCACUCAAUGAAUUUAAACAGUUUUUGAUGUUUGGGUUCAACCCUGGGGUUUCCAAUUUAAUCGAUCUGGGAUACAGGCUGAGCAUCAAACUUCCCCAGGUGAUUCUGAUAGGCCGCAAAGUUUGAGAGCAACUGCUCUAGUCCAGGGACUUUCAACCCUCGGAUAACAUGGGGAGCUUUUAAAAAGUACCAAUGCCUGGACCCUAUCCCAGACCAAUGAAGUAGGACUUUGGGGGAGGAGGAAGAACCUGUGCACAUGUUCUUCCCUGUGCCUUGAAUAUUCGUAACUUACUUUUUGGCUCUCACUGCCCUUCCUAUUCAUCCUUUCAGACCCAGUGCAGUCUGCUUUACCUGGGAACAGCCUGCUGUAUCCUGGGUGAGAUGCUCCCCUGCCAUUGUACUCUGUUGACCUUAUCAAACACUUCUUUAACUGCUACCAUUGUCUGUUUCCUUAUCUGACUGUAAUCGGAAUUGUGGGGGCUUUGGUCUCUGUGAAGCUCAAUAAAUAUGUGUUGAACAGCAGAGAAACAGGGCACAUUAGGGGCUAGAAGCCACCUCUUCAGACCUUCAGGGGUGCCCUUAGGCUGCUGCCUGUCAGGGUGGAAGCUGGAGUUUGGGGAUCUCGGGGGGCCAUAAAAUUACCCUUGGGACUGAGCAUAAGGGACUGCUUCCUCUUCC